AUGACACGCGACGUUGACAGCUCCACCGCGUCCACGCGCCGUUCGGUCCGCUUCUCAGCCGCUCGUGGCAUCAGCUUCCAUGAGCCGCGCACUCGUCGCCCUCGCGCGAAGCUUCGAAUCCCGGCGGGUUGGACCAAAGAAACCUCCGAAGUCGACUACCUGAUCGACAAAGGAUACUCAGAGAACUCCGACGAACCGGAGUAUCUUGUGCGAUGGGCUGGGGUGGACGACAACGGCAAUGAGUGGCCCGACUCUUGGGGGAUCGCGAGCGUGAUAGGAGAUGGCUCGAUCGAGGAGUACGAGGCUAGGCAUGCGCAGCGUGAGCAUGAGGAGAUUGACGUCGAUACUGCAGCCGAAGCCUCCCUCGAGCCCGAUCCCUUUACCAUCAACACCGCCCGCGCCCCAGCGCUUCCAGCCACGCCAGCUGUGCAGGCAAAGAAGAAGAAGAAGAAGAAUACAAAGGACAAAGAGAAGCAGAAAGUGAUGAAGAGGGCAGUGCAAGACGAUGACGACAUGUGA